AUGUGGGGGUCCGUGGCAGUUGUCUGGGCCAUCUGUCUGGCUUGUAUUCAGCAUGCUGUGUUCCCAUGGAUCCUCCCCUUCGGGUCAAACAAGGACAGGCCUCACCCGGCACAUGGAGCUCUGACAGGGAAGGUCGAGUGCUUCUCAGACUACAUGACCCUGCAGAUCCCGAGGAGCCACGUGCAGGGUUUGAGGCGGUGGCUGGCCGGGGUCCUGCACCUGCCAGGCACCAAGAGGGCCCCCAACCACCUGGAUUCUCUUCUUACCAAAUGUGGUUUCCUCUUGCAUCCUGCUCAUGAGGGCGGCUUCAUCUUCCGAGCGCUGUACUCUGGCUGCUUUGUGCAGAAAGAGAAAGCAAAUUACAGGUUGGAAAUCAGAAUGUUUCAAAAAGGGGCAAGAAGGUUGAAGCAGAGUGAUCGCUACAUAAUGACGUGUCCCGUGAUCACGUCGAGGCUGAGUGAACAGAGUGUCCGCUGCCACCCCUCAUUCAUUCAGGUCUCUAGGCCCUUGCCUCCAAGGAUCCAUGGUGGACAGACCCCGUGGUUGCUGUCCCUUCGAGGGGAGCUGGUGGCUUCUCUGGAGGACGCCAGCUUGAUAGGAUUGGAUGUGGACAUUGGUGCCAGCACAGUCACCAUCCAAAGCCCAAGACAAGAACUUCUUCAGAGGCAGGAGGUAUGGAACACUUCCCUGGAGCUCCUGCCUCUCUGGUUGGUGAGCGGCUCCUACGCCUAUUCCCUCAAGGCUGCGUGCCCACUGGCAUCGUCUCAGCCAGGGUCAGAGAUCUCAGUUCACAUCCCCAAACAGAGACUGGGUCUGGUUAGGAGAGGAUCCCAUGUGGAAGAGUCUCUGAGCCCCAGAUUCCUUCGGGUGCACCAGUCUGACACCUUCACGGUGACCGAGGACAGGGACUUCAUGGUCAUCAGCAUCCCAGCUUCGCUGCUGCUCCAGGACCAGCCAUGCCCAGAGGCCAGAGACUCCCCAGGGACACGAGCUUUCUACAGGAUAGACCUGAGCCUGGCCUUUGCAGAGAUGGUCUCCCCAGUGCACUGGACAGUGGAGAACUUUUUCCAGUGUGUGGGUUCAAGAGAAGAAUCGCUUGUCUCAACAGCCGCACCAGGGACUGCUCUACCCACCCUGUCCCCUGGAUGGGAGACCCCUUCAGCAGAAGUGUCAUCUGCAGCCUCUCCCCAGUUCCAGAGCCCACGAAUGGCUGCCCUGGAUGAGCGCCUUCAGCAUUUUGUGCACCAGCCCGCUAAAGAAACCACUAAGCUGGAACAAGCGGCACCGUUCACGCAAACACCUAGGCCUGAGGGAGGAGGCUGGGUCUCCACUGCUUCCCUUUCCCCCGAUACAGUGCAAGAGCAUCAUGGUCUUCAGACUCCUCCAAAGAAAGCAGACUUAAUUCCACAUCCCCAGACUCCAGCGACACUCUCCUUAGAGCACACGGAAGCUUCCCAGGCUGCCCCCAGACCCUCACAAUGGGUCUUCCUGUCUCACACUUCCAUGACCACACAUUCGCCUUCAGAAGUCCCCUCUCCUCUGUGGCCUUCUUGGCGAUCUGAUAGGCCCCAAAUGCUCCUGGAUUCUGAACCAUCUGUUCCCCUAACCGAAGUUCCAAGAGCUAUGAUGGCUGAGCAGGACCCUGCCCAGCCAUCAGGAAGUCCCUUCCCACUGGGCAAAUUGUCAAGAGAGACUGUGAAAUCAACAGAGUCCGUGGAUCCCACCCGGAGAGAGCCUGCCCACAUCAGUGAGGAGUUCCCACCAUUGACAAGGCCCUUCAUGAGCAGCCUGGCUGAAGAGGGUUUGAUUUUCCACCAUGCUUCCAGAAGGCCUCAGGAGAUACUACCGAUAAUCAAGGCUGAGGGGCCACUGCAGAAUGACCGUGAUCCCUCUGGAGAGGGGGCCAAAGGGUACCUGGACCUGUCAACCUCAGAACCAAGUCAGGGCAUGGAAGGGCUGGGACUCAUCACCUUGCCGGGGACUGAUGUCACAUUCACCAGCCCAAGAGGGAGGCAGCCAGAUGCCAGUGACCAUCUGGUGACCCCAAGUCCAGAGUUCUCUGGGAGGCACAGGGUGGGCCUAGCAGUUCCCCAGACAUCACUUGCCAGGGACCUUCUGGCUUCCACCUCUGAGAAGCCUGCAACCCCUUCUGAAGGAGGUACAGACAGGACCCUACAGCUUGAGUCAGCACCUAUAUGGCCUGAGGGCUGGCAUGAGCUGUGGGCUGGACACACAACCAGCCUCCUGCCUCAACACACCCAAAGCCUUCUGGCUCCUACAGAAACCAUAUUGCCCCACUCUGGUGAGCCUGGGACCCCCCUCUCCAAUGGUCAAGAGUCGAUGGAGGCCAGGCUAGCCCCCACCCCUGAGAGUCAUCAGAUUCCUGAGCUUUAGCACAUGUGGAGGGGUGCUUUGAGAGGUCCCUUUCUUAGAAGCUUCAGGGGUGAGUCAUAGGAGUGUCCAGGGAGGGGAGGAGCAAAGGAAAGGGAGGACAUGGUUUGGUAUGCUCACACUUCCCUUCAAGAAGAGCUCUGUGACAGGACAAGGGCCCUUGGCCUCCCUGAGCUGGCCCAGCUGUGUUUUACAUCUCACUAUUAAAUCCGGGCAAUGUGCAGGCCUUGUAGCCAGGCCCACCCAUGCCUAGGACUCUGGUCCCAGGGUCUCCACUCUAGCUCUGUGACCUUAGCAGGACACUAGCCUUUCUGAUCCUCAGUUUCCCCAUCAACUGAGUGGAAAUGAUACUAGGUCCUCCCCAGUGGGGUCACUGAAGGGGGUGAACAAGGAUCACAUAAAGCCUUGAGCCCCGAGCCCCGAGCAAGCAUGCUGGGAUCCCCAGGGAGGGAGGAUGGAGUGUCGCUGCCUUGCUUUCUGUGAUCACAUCCUGUGGUUUCUAUGGCAGCAGCUGGUACCCUUCUGGCUUGGACAGACCCAUUGACCUGCAGUGACCCGGAGCUCCCAAACUCAGUGGCCCAGAAGCCCAGCUGUGGCCUGGGCCGGAACCCCAUUCGGUGCUUCCCUGAGAGGGCAGUGCCUCACCCCCUCCAGGCCGACCUGUGGCUGGAAGUGGGAUUUGAAAUGCAGCCAAGAAGAGGAGGCCAGCGGCAGUGCCCGCCCAG